AUGGCAUCCCCAGAAGAUGAUGAAGUUAUCCGUAAAGCAUUCAUGGUUAAAAGAUCUCAGAAUAAGAAAAUAUUCACACCAGUUAAUUACAAGGAACGAUGGUUUAUACUGACUAGAAAAUACCUCAUAUACUAUGAUUCUGAUGGACAGAAGCGUAAAGAACGAGGUCGUAUACCAACAGAUGCUAUUCACACUGUGGAACAAGCACAGCUUGGAGAGCUGAGCAAGCAAAUACUGGACGGUGACAACGACAAGAGCCCCUACAGGUAUCCCUUUCAGGUCGGAUAUUCGGAACAGAAUUCUGAUUAUACUUUGUAUCUCGCUGCCAAGGAGCAUAGUGAGAGAUUGGACUGGAUACAUGCUAUAAGGACGGUGUGUAUAUCAAACACACGUCGCGCCCGCUACCACCCUGCGGUGUAUUCGGCGCGCCGCUGGUGGUGCUGCGACGCGGAACGUAAGACAGCCCCCGGGUGCUCCCUUGCCUCCCUCUGGCCGCUACCGGAGCCCGACUUGGAGCUUAUACUGCAGGAACAUAAUAAAGAUAACGGAUUAGGUGACCGUCUGUACUCGGCCUUAUUCGCUCCGCCGUACAUUGACACGGCUCAGUUUGUGCCUGGUGUCGCGCGCGUACGACCGCCCUUACAGAUGUUGGCUAGUGAAAACGAAGAAAUGGUCACCAAGAAGAAAUCAAAGAUACCAUGCCUCUCGCUGUCAGCCUUCCUACCAGCCCUCGAGGGUAUAAAAUCUGUGACAGCGGCUGUCACAAUGCCAGGAGGUGGGGGGCCGCCUCCGGGAACACCAUCAGCGAAACCAAAGGAUAAGCAAAGGACGAAAGUCGUGGUAGCAUUGUACCCUUUUAAAGCGAUCGAAAGCGGCGACCUCUCCUUGGAAAAGGGCGCGGAAUACGAAGUCAUAGAUGACUCUCAGGAACACUGGUGGAAAGUUAAAGAUGAGCAUGGCUGUGUGGGAUACAUACCGAGCAAUUACGUCAAGGAAAAGGAAACUAUAGGAUUACAAAAAUACGAAUGGUAUGUUGGCGAGAUGUCCCGCCAGAGGGCGGAGUCGCUUCUCAAACAAGAGGAUAAGGAGGGCUGCUUUGUUGUACGGAACUCAUCAACUAAGGGCAUGUACACACUAUCGCUGUAUACUAAAGUAAAUCAUCCCCAAACCAAGCACUACCACAUCAAGCAGAAUGCUCGUGGUGAAUUCUAUCUAUCAGACAAGCACUGUUGUUCAAGCAUUCCAGAGCUCAUUAACUAUCACAAACACAAUAGCGGAGGACUUUGUUCAAGACUCAAAGCUACACCCUGUGAUCGACCAGCGCCACCCACCGCUGGACUAUCGCACGAUAAAUGGGAGAUAGAUCCAGUAGAGCUUGUUCUUCUUGAAGAAUUAGGCGCCGGCCAGUUUGGUGUGGUCCGCCGAGGCAGAUGGCGCGGUACUAAAGAUACCGCCGUUAAAAUGAUGAAGGAAGGCACUAUGUCGGAAGACGACUUCAUUGACGAAGCGAAGGUUAUGACUAAACUGCAACAUCAGAACCUCGUUCAAUUAUACGGGGUGUGUUCAAAACAUCGUCCCAUAUAUAUAGUGACGGAGUACAUGAAGCACGGAUCGCUGUUCAACUACCUCCGUAGAACGUCCGCAGACCAGCUCGGCCCCGCGGUUUUGCUCGAUAUGUGUAUACAGGUUUCCAAAGGAAUGGCUUAUCUGGAAAGACAGAACUACAUUCACAGGGAUUUGGCGGCUAGGAAUUGUUUGGUUGGAGAUGAAAAUGUUGUGAAGGUCGCGGAUUUCGGUCUCGCUCGAUACGUGCUAGACGAUCAAUAUACUAGUUCCGGCGGUACCAAAUUCCCAAUAAAAUGGGCUCCACCAGAAGUACUCAAUUACACGAGAUUUUCAUCUAAAUCUGAUGUAUGGGCCUUUGGUGUGUUGAUGUGGGAGGUAUUCACGUGUGGUAAGGUUCCGUACGGCAGAAUGAAGAACAGCGAAGUUGUAGAAAUGGUUCAAAGGGGCCAGGUAUUGGAGAAACCAAAAGGAUGCCUCAAUGAGAUAUACAAUGUAAUGAAAGCUUGUUGGCGUCACGCGCCCGAAGAUCGGCCAUCGUUCCGGAUAUUGAAAGAGGAGCUGGCGGUUGUAGCGCAGAAGGUGGUAGCUGAUUGA